GAACCCACGCCGCCACGCGAAGCUGUCGUGCUCUCUCUCCAUCUCUACUUGACUACUUCCAUCGCUAUCUACCCCCUUGCCGUCCAAUCUCCGCAUAAUCUGAUGCCCUUAUCCGCUCUGUGAUCGAACCCCGCUAGCCGGGUUACUUGGUUCUCGGUAGUCCUGAUGGCAUUGGAGGGCGGGCGUGGCGGCGGCGAGAUUGGCGGCGCCGCCGCCGCCACCGCCAGGAGAAGGUUCCGGAACCUGAUGCGGCGGAAACCUGUGGACUCCGAUCGGGUCCGCGCCGAGGGCCAACCAGUGCUCGCCAAGGAGCUCAACAUCCUGGAGUUGGUCGCGAUCGGGGUUGGUUCGACAAUAGGAGCUGGAGUAUAUGUUCUCGUGGGAACAGUUGCCAGGGAGCACACUGGUCCAGCAUUGGCAGUUUCAUUUCUUAUAGCUGGAAUAGCUGCUGCACUUUCAGCAUUCUGUUAUGCCGAACUUGCUAGCCGUUGCCCCUCUGCUGGAAGCGCCUAUCAUUAUUCAUACAUCUGCAUUGGUGAAGGUGUUGCCUGGUUGAUUGGCUGGUCUUUAGUGCUGGAAUAUACUAUUGGUGGAUCUGCUGUUGCCCGAGGGAUAUCCCCCAAUUUAGCCUUGUUUUUCGGGGGACCAGAUAGCCUGCCAUGGAUUCUAGCACGCCAUCAACUUCCAUGGUUUGAUGUGAUUGUUGAUCCCUGUGCUGCCGCUCUUGUUUUUGCUGUCACUGGUUUGUUGUGCCUGGGGAUAAAAGAGAGCUCAUUUGUACAAGGAAUUGUAACAUUUCUGAAUGCUUGUGUGAUGCUAUUUGUGAUUAUAGCUGGUUGUUAUAUUGGCUUCCAGAUAGGAUGGGAUGGCUACAAGGUUACUGAUGGGUAUUUUCCAUACGGAGUAAAUGGAAUGCUUACUGGAUCAGCAACUGUUUUCUUUGCAUACAUAGGCUUCGAUACAGUAGCUAGUACUGCGGAGGAGGUAAAAAAUCCACAACGAGAUCUACCACUGGGAAUAGGAGCAGCAUUGUCUAUUUGCUGUUUGUUGUACAUGAUGGUUUCUGUUGUUAUUGUUGGGAUUGUACCAUAUUUCGCUAUGGACCCAGAUACACCUAUUUCAUCUGCCUUUGCAAAACAUGGAAUGCAGUGGGCAAUGUAUGUUGUGACAAGUGGUGCUGUUCUUGCGCUGUGUUCAACCUUGAUGGGCUCACUUCUUCCACAGCCUAGAAUACUGAUGGCCAUGGCACGAGAUGGACUGUUGCCAUCUUUCUUCUCUGAUGUUAACAAGCAAACACAAGUACCUGUCAAGGGCACAAUUGUGGCUGGCAUAUGUGCUGCUGCUCUGGCUUUUUUCAUGGACGUUUCCCAGUUGGCAGGAAUGGUCAGUGUAGGCACGCUCCUUGCAUUCACCGUAGUUGCUUUAUCAAUCUUGAUACUCAGAUAUGUUCCUCCGGAUGAGGCCCCUCUCCCUCUGCCGUCAUCUCUGCAAGAACCAUCCCAUUUGAGCCAAGAAUAUGAUGAGGAAAAGGGUAGGGAUCCACUUGGAGAUGAUAUCUGCAACACACCUCAAAUAAAGGAUUUGAUUGUGGUAGAACCAAUGAAGGACCCUCUUCUCGACAAGAAACAAUAUAAAGGCAAGAUGGACGAGAUGAAGCGUCGAAAGAUAGCUGCUUCCAGCAUAGGAUCUGCCUGUCUAGGAGUCCUGGUCCUCACGUCUUCAGCUUCAGCCACAUGGCUGCCUUUCCUCCCGGUAUGCAUUGGCUGCAGCAUUGGUGGUGUGCUCCUUGCAGCUGGUCUUGGUGUACUCUCCUGGAUCGACCAAGAUGAUGGCAGGCACUCUUUUGGUCAUUCUGGGGGAUUCACAUGCCCCUUUGUUCCAUUUCUACCAGUUAUAUGUAUCCUCAUAAAUACCUAUUUGAUGAUAAACCUCGGUGGAGACGCUUGGAUAAGAGUCGGCAUAUGGCUGUUGAUAGGUGUUCUCGUGUACAUUUUCUACGGGCGAACCCGCAGCUCGCUAAUUGAUGGUUACAUCCCUGUAGCUCGGGCCAAUGUAGACAGGAUUUCAUCAGGUUUUGUGUCCUAGAAAAGAAUUGCAUCAUCUUCAGUGACAAUUUCUAGUCGACAGAACCUUGCUAGCCCCUGGCUUUGCAUAGAUGUGUAGUCAAAUAUCAGUCAGUAAGGGGCUGUCUUGAAUUUUUUCAAGCUCAGUCCACAUGUCUCAUGGACGCAAAAAUUAGGCUGUGCAUGAGCCAGAUCAAUAUUCAGUGCUGGAGCGACAUGCAUAACUGCAUAUGUGUACCAAAUUGGGUGAAGUGUGAUUUUGAUUGUAUUUCAUGUAUAAACCCUUUGUACUGAAAUGAGUACCUAAACAUGGACAGAGUUACUGGGGUCAUACAAAAAUGGCAGUAGAAAUCACUCCUUUGAAGUUGUAAAUAUAUUCAUCUCAAAAGAAACAUCAUUGUGGAUUC